UCGCGCCCCUGCCGCGAGAGCAAUUCUUGCGGCUUCCCUUUCUGGCCCCGCCCAUUCCCGGGGGGGUCCUUCUCCUCCACGGCCCGCCUUGAGUGCCGUCCGAAGAAUUGCCUGACGCCCAUGACCGGACAAUGGGCCCCGACAUUUCCCUACUCCUUUUGCUCUGCCUCCAUCUCAUCGCUGCUCAGGGAGAUUCUCGCGGAAACAUGCGUUCUUCCCUUCCCCAAGCACGAAAGCAGGGUUUCCGACACCGGCGUAUGCACUGGACGCCUCAGGGCGGAGCCCGAGCUGGCGCCGGUGGGCGGACCUUGCGAGCGGCGCGCAGUAUAAAGUGGGACGCGCGCCCGCCUGCGCACGCUUUGAAGAGAAUGAGUGGAGGGAAUCGUUAUGACACGGUCACUCCAAAUAUCAGAGUUUUGUGGUCACUCCAACAUCACAGUCUUGUUAAAGGUGUGUCUUCAAGCGGAGGAGCCACCCACCACCACCCCCUCUUGGAACCUGGACUUGGCUGGAGCACCACUCCGGCACCCUUCCGUCUGCAAGUGCUUUCUCCAGGACUGGAGCAGCCCCACCGUCCUUCGGUCCUCUGGCCGAGGCCUCAGGCUCCUGUGCCUCUCCCGCCCGGGGCACCUGUGGCCAUGGCCGAGGGCGCGCUGGCACCCAUGGAGGUGGGGCGGGGGGACCGCCAGUACACGUACACCGAGCUCCUGGCCAUCUCGCAGCGCUUCAAGCAGAACCCCAGCGAGCUCAUGAUCACCUGGAUCCUGCGGGUGUAUGACCAGGGGGGCUCAGCCCUGACCCUCAGCCCCGGGGAGCUGACGCUGCUGGGCGACCUGACCAGCGACACCGUCUUCAACUACCGCUGCAAGGCGCUGCGCGGCGGCCGCCAGCCGCUGCUCGCCUGGCUGCUCCUGGCCUGGCGCCAGCGCUGGGAGUCCUUCCUGCAUUUCGACUCCACCGAGCUGCCCUUCCAGCCCUGGACCACCAUGGAGGAGGGCAUCCAGCUGGUGCGCGAGCUGGGCAUGCUGGACUGGAUCUACAGCGAGCCGCCCCUGCCUGCCACGCCCGAGGACGGGCCCUUCACGCCCGGCCUGCAGCAGCGCCUGCUCACGGCGGCGCCCUCUGAGGCGCGGGUCUCGCUGGUCAACCUGCUGGUCAAGGGCAUGACGGUGCUGGAGGCCAUGAUGAAGAUCCACGCCCUCGCCGACGUCGGCCUGCUCUGGCGUCACAGCCAGCCGGGCGGCGCCAAGCUCGUGCUGGGGCCCAACCCGACGCACAAGGACCUCCUGGGCUGGCUCCUGAGCCACGGCGUGCCCAGGGAGAGGGUGGACAAGCAGCCCACCAAGGUCCUGAUGGAACUCUACAUCAGAGAGGCCAGGCGCAGCCGUGGCCACCCGGCCUGUGUGCUGGGGGACAAGCCGCCGCCGCCGCCACCGGUGCAUCGCAAUUAGGACCCCCAGGCCUGGCCUUCCAUGGCCCUCGGAGAGGAGGCGGGAGGCCACGUUCUUGGGGAGCCAACAGGGCAGGGGGCGAGCACCUCAAGGGCCACGAGUCUCCUGCACGUCCCCAGGACAGACUGAGGGACCAUUUGCCCGCCUGUUCUCCAGCCUACUGUGGGCAGGCCCCGACAGCGUGUUGGGGGAGCCCAGAGGGGUCCUCGCCCCCGGCCACCCCACGGGCAUCACCGGCCAGAACUGUGGAGGGGAAGGGGCUGGCUGGUGGCUGCCGGGUGUGGUGGCCCCUCUGGGUGAGCCAGCCCAACACAGCCCGGCACGUUUCAGUCUGUCUGUUGGAGCCCGAUGGGCAUGGCGGGUGGACCCCUCUCCCACCCGGGCCCGCAAAGCACUACAGGCCAAGCGGGGAGACCCCAUGGUCCGUGGCAUGUAAGCCUCUUGAAUUUUGUGCCCUUUUUCUUAAGGUUUCUUCAAAUGCACUGUUUUUACUUAGCGCUUUAAGCAUAGAUGACACUUAGUUUUAGGGGCACUCAUUUCUCUUGUAAGUGUUUUUUAAACCUUUUGGCCAUGGC